AUGCUGGGAAUCAAAUGUGUAGUUGUAGGAGAUGGAACUGUGGGUAAAACAUGUAUGCUCAUCAGCUAUACAACAAAUACCUUCCCAGUGGAGUACAUUCCAACAGUAUUUGAUGGCUACUCUGCUAAUAUGAUAAUGGAUGGAAAAACUGUCACCAUGGGUUUGUGGGACACAGCUGGACAAGAGGAAUAUGACAGACUACGACCUUUAUCAUAUCCACAGACGGACGUGUUUCUUAUCUGUUUCUCACUGGUAAGCCCAACCAGCUUUGAAAAUGUUCGAGCUAAGUGGUUUCCUGAAGUUAGCCACCCCUGUCCCAGCACACCUAUAAUUUUAGUUGGCACUAAACUAGAUCUACGGGAAGACAAGGAAACCAUUGAGAAGCUGCGUGAGAAGAAGCUGUCUCCCAUCACCUACCCACAAGUCAAAUACCUUGAAUGUUCAGCUCUCACACAGAAAGGUCUCAAAAAGGUAUUUGAUGAAGCCAUCUGUGCUGUUCUAGAAAAGAAAAAGUCCAAAUGCAGGAUUUUGUGA